ACUUUAGACAUGGAACACCGUAAAUAGAUUUCACAGAUUAUACUAGACAUCAUUGAUACACGGGACGUAAUAGUCAGUGGAUAAAGUUUGAUUUUCGGCAGCCAUGAAAGUUUUGCUCCUUUUUUGUUUGUUUGUUGGUGUCUACGCGCAUUAUGAAGUACAGAGAACUGGUCGCACGAUGAAGUCGACCAGAAAUCACACUUUGAAGACACAUCCGAAGAAGAAAUUAUUUCUCGGCUCUACAUUUAUGGGCACUAUGAAAGUACUUGCGCAUGUUGCUACUGUUUUAUCCGUCGUUGAAGUGACAGCUAGUUUGAUGGACCGGUUCGGUGAUAAGAGCAAACAGGAAGAAGAUAGCGCGAAAGCGGAAGAAGUAAACGAUGAAGAAGUUGAAAUGGUUGAUGAGAACACGGAUGAAGAGUAUUAAAGAAAUACAUACGAGAUUAA